CUUCACGAGCUCUCGUUAUUUCUCACAAUCUUCUCUCUCUGUCUGUCUCUGUCACCGUGCCAGCGAAGAACUCAGAGAAUAGUGAAAAACCAAGCAAAAAGAAAAACCCAUUCCCCAAUCUCCAAUGCUCAGAUUCCUCACCCAUUGACGACGAAGAAACCUUUCUCCUUUCUUCUUCUUCUUCUUCUUUAACAAACUCAUCCAGAAGCUAUGAAACGAGAACACUCCCACCUUAAUCCCUUCUCCGAUCAUCAUCAUCAUCGCCUUCCUAAUAACUCAUCUUCUGUGUCCGGCAAAUCAAAGAUGUGGCCGGAAGAAGACGAAGCCGGCGUCGACGAACUCCUUGCUGUUCUGGGUUAUAAGGUAAAACCAUCAGACAUGGCUGUAGUUGCCCAGAAAAUCGAAAAACUAGACCAGGUUAUCUUACAAUCUCAAGAAGAAUACUUGGUGUCUCAUCUUUCUUCCGAAACGAAUCAUUAUAAUCCAUCCGAUCUAUCUUCUUGGCUUGAAUCCAUGAUUUCAGAGAUUAAUCCCACACCCGGAUUCGGAUUCAAUCCCUCUACAUCUUCAUCUCUUUCUCUUCCAUUAUUUCCUCCUCUUAUAGAUCCAAUUGAUUCCUCAUCCACUCUCACUUAUCAAUCCGGACUAUUUACUGAUCAAGACUCUUCUUCUGACUACGAUCUUAAAGCCAUACCAGGCAAAGCUGUUUUCAGUUCAUCUCCAUCGCCGGUGAACAAGCGGUUGAAGCCAUCUUCGUCUACUAAUUCUCGAUCGGCAACCUCCCCUCUUCCCGCCGCCGUCUGGGGUAUUCAGAACGACUCGAUUAUUCGUCCUGUUGUUCUUAUGGACUCGCAGGAGAAUGGGAUUAGACUAGUUCACGCUCUCAUGGCGUGUGCUGAAGCUGUUCAGCAAGAGAAUUUCAGUCUGGCUGAAGCUUUAGUUAAGCAAGUUGGGUUUCUCGCUGUUUCUCAAUCCGGCGCUAUGCGUAAGGUAGCUACUUACUUCGCUGAAGCUCUUGCCCGUCGGAUCUACCGUUUGUUCCCGGAAGAUCAUUCAGAUUCGGUUCUUCAGAUUCAUUUCUAUGAAACCUGUCCUUAUCUUAAGUUCGCCCAUUUCACUGCUAAUCAAGCCAUUCUAGAAGCAUUCUCCGGGAAAAAACGAGUUCAUGUUAUCGAUUUCAGUUUGAAACAAGGAAUGCAAUGGCCGGCGUUGAUGCAGGCUUUGGCACUCCGACCAGAAGGGCCGCCGAGUUUUCGUCUAACCGGAAUUGGGCCUCCGUCGGAAGAUGGGUCUGAUAAUUUACAGGAUGUGGGUUGGAAGUUAGCUCAAUUAGCCGAUACGAUUCAAGUUGAGUUCGAAUUCAAGGGAUUCGUGGCUAAUAGUUUGGCCGAUCUUAGCCCAUCGAUGUUGAAUCUCCGUGAAGGUGAAUCUGUUGCUGUUAAUUCAGUAUUCGAAUUACACGGGCUUCUUUCCCGGCACGGUGGAAUUGAGAAAGUUUUAUCGGCGGUGAGUGAGAUGAAUCCGGUGAUCGUGACUGUGGUUGAACAAGAAGCUAAUCAUAACGGGUCUGUCUUCCUCGACCGAUUCACCGAGUCAUUGCAUUACUACUCGACCCUUUUCGACUCGCUGGAGGGUUGCGGCAGCGACGGGUCGGAAUCUGCGGCGGCGGCGGUGAGGAACCAAAACAAGGUAAUGUCGGAGGUGUAUUUGGGUCGGCAGAUCUGUAACGUGGUGGCUUGUGAAGGUACGGAUAGAGUUGAAAGACAUGAGAAACUGAGUCAAUGGCGAGUUCGGUUUAACUCAGCCGGGUUUAAACCGGUUCAUUUGGGUUCCAAUGCUUAUAAACAAGCCAGCAUGUUAUUAGCUCUUUUCAACGGCGGCGAAGGGUACAAGGUGGAGGAGAACGACGGUUGUUUGAUGUUGGGUUGGCAUACUCGGCCGUUAAUCGCUACCUCGGCUUGGAGAAUCGGUUAGGGUCCGAGUUAACCCAGUUGGGUAUGUGCCCGAACCGAAUGGGUCUUUGGUGGUGGUGGUGAUAUGAUGAUGAUCGAUGAUGAGAGAAUGAAUGCUAGGUUUGGAUUAAAACCCAUCUUGAAUUGAGUGAAAAGUGGGGGCCACUACUACUUUUUACCAUUUUACUGUCCAUACCUACUAUGAUCUAUCUAUCUAUCUAUCUAAUUUUCAGCUUUUUACCGACUGUGAGGGGUACCCUUUUAUAGGGUAUGUGGGAUUUUUUACAAGUUGAUUUCAAUAUUUACCCGUUUGGUUCAAUUGGGUUUCCUUUUUUGGGUUGGGUGAAUGUAGAUCGUAUCCAUUUAUGUUAUUGCCAGUCUUUUAUUUAAUAACCUACCCUUUAUCUCCUCCUCAAUAAAGAGAUACCCA